AUGAGUAAUAACACGAAAAGGAUAGGAAAGAAAACAAUUGUAUGGAAUAGGAAAGAUGAACAAGAGGAUGAUAGGGAAGAAACAGAAGAUGAACAAGAGGAAGAAAUGGGAAGGAUGUUUGAAAGGGAGGAAGAGGUUGAUGAAAUGAUAGACUUUUUUGAGGAAGUUGUUGAAGAGUUAGAAGAUGCAAUAGAGAAAUAUGGAAAGAUGAAGAAGAUGAAGAAAGAUAUUAAAGCUAAUACAAGAAAUAAAAUUAAAGAGAUGGAAGACUUGUCUAUACAAUUAAAAGAGUCAAUUGGAAGACAAAAAGGAAUGAUGAAAGAAUUAGAGGAUAGAAGAAAAGAACGAAUGGAAGCGAUGGAACGAAUUGAAAAAGCAGAAAGAAGAGAAGAAAAUUAUUACGGGAAAUUUAGAAUUGAAGGGGGGAAGAUAGAGUUUUCAGGAAUUAAUUUGAAAGAAAAAAUGAUAGAAAAAGAGUUUUAUGAAGACAAAACAAGAGGACUUCAGAAAGAAAAGGUUGAAUUAGAAAGACAAAUAAGAAAAAUCGAAAAAGAAUUUGAAGGAAGAGAAAUUAGACUACAAAAAGAAAAUGAAGAACUAAGAGCAGAAAAAAAGAGACUAGAAGAGAGUAUUGAAAGAAUGAAAGGAUUAAGUCCUGAGAUGAAGAUAAAGAAAAAAGGAAGCAAAGGAGAUAGCAAAGAAAAGGAGGAAGAAGAAAUACUGAAAGAAAUACAAGAAAUUUUAAAAUCACCACUAAGAGAAAAAAAUUUAAAACAAGGGUGGUCAAGAGAAGAAACAUUAAGUGAGGAAUUUAACAAAGAGGCAAAAGUCCAAAGAAGGGUUAGAACAGAAGAAGUUCAAAGAAAUGGAGGAACAAGACUAACUGGAAAAGACACAAAAGAAAGGGUACUUAUUCAAAGUGCUUGUAAAAGACUUCAAUUUGGGGAACCUGGCAAGUCAGAAAUCCAAUUUAAGUCACAAAGAAGGCUUGGUGUUUCUCCAGUCAAAGAGACUAAAAUUGUCAUCACUAAUCUAAAUGAUGGAAGUAUUUCUAUGGAAGAAUAUAGUUCCAUUGAUCAGUCUGAAAAUCUACGUUUCUCUCAAAAACCAUCGAAGUUAACCAAACUUAAGAUGCUCUUACUUUUUAUUGCAAUUAUGGCAUUUGCAUCAAUUUUUAUCAUAUUCUUAAGUUAA